UCCGUAACGCCAAAAAAUCUCCCGACAAGUUCUGCGCGAAAACAAAAGCAGAUGCACGAGUGAGUUUUAGAGCCGAGUCCUAUGCUCCAGGCCCCGAUCUCAAUCGAGCGUGCGUAAUUUCUCCGACAUAAACAAAAGUACGAGAAAGUAAAUAAAUUUGGGGUUUUGCAGCGUACCUAUAGAAAAGUACGAUGCGGUUAAUUGAUCACAGACAAGUUCUCUCUGGAAGUGCUUCACUUCUCUGAGCUCCACCAUAGUCAAUGCCCAAUAGUUCACCCGAAAUGGCCUAGUCAGAACUUUUUUAUGACAUUUGAUGGGGGAUUCUGCGUUGCCGUGUUGAAAGCUCUCUCAUUUCUUCCAAGUGCUUUAGAACGGCUCCUCCUGUUUGAGAAAUUAAAUCCGUCUACUUUCAGGGCUUCUGCUGAAUUGUGAUACUCUGUUCAGAUCAACAAUAUGAGUAUGAUUUACAGCUUCUGCAACAAAUUACUUUAUAGAGGGAUUAUGUCCAAGAGAAUGUACAGUUCAAGUGAACUAAGAGCAGAGGUUUCAGAUCCCCCGAAAAGAAUUUGUGAAAUUAUGAUGUCUUGCCCGGCAUUAGUUCUUGAUACUGCUCUUAACCAAAGUGGUGUUAAGGUUGCUCCAGAUAUAGUUGAGGAUGUCCUCAAGAGAUUUGAGAAUGCCGGUAUGUUGGCGUAUCGGUUCUUUGAAUGGGCUGGGAAACAACAAAAUUAUGUGCACAGUGUCAGGGCUUUCCACACCAUGAUCAAUUCCCUGGCCAAGAUAAGGCAGUAUCAGAUAAUGUGGGACCUUGUGAAUACUAUGAAGAACAUGGGGAUGCUAAAUGUUGAGACAUUUUGCAUUAUGAUGAGGAAGUAUGCCAGAUCUCAGAAGGUGGAGGAGGCAGUUUACACAUUUAAUGUCAUGGAGAAAUAUAAUCCCCCCAAUCUAGCUGCAUUCAAUGGCCUUCUAAGUGCUUUGUGCAAGUCCAAGAAUAUAAGGAAGGCACAGGAGAUCUUUGACAGUAUGAAGGAUCGAUUUAUUCCCGACUCAAAGACUUACAGUAUAUUACUUGAGGGAUGGGGAAAGGCUCCAAAUCUGCCGAAGGCGAGGGAGAUUUUCCAGGAAAUGGUUGACGUGGGAUGCAACCCUGAUAUAGUUACUUAUGGCAUCAUGGUUGACGUUCUUUGCAAGGCAGGGAGAGUUGACGAAGCCAUUGGAAUUGUUAAGAACAUGGAUACUAGAGCUUGCAAGCCAACAUCUUUAAUUUAUACUGUUUUGAUUCAUACGUAUGGGAUAGAAAACCGCAUUGAAGAUGCUGUAGAUACGUUCUUAGAGAUGGAAAGAAAUGGGAUUAAGCCUGAUGUGGGAGUGUACAAUGCCUUGAUCAGUGCUUUCUGUAACGUAAAAAAGUUAAAGAAUGUGUAUAGGGUCUUAAAUGAUAUGAAUUCCAAGGGCAUUACACCCAAUUCUAGAACUUGCAACAUUAUUCUAAAUAGUUUGAUCAUUGGUGGGGAGACGGAUGAGGCAUUUAGAAUCUUUCGUAGGAUGAUCAAGGUAUGUGAACCGGAUGCAGACACAUACACAAUGAUGAUAAAGAUGUUUUGUGAGAGAGAUGAGCUAGAUAUGGCUCUUAAAGUGUGGAAGUACAUGAGAUUGAAGCGUUUUGUCCCAAGCAUGCACACAUUUUCGGUUCUUAUUAAUGGACUGUGCCAGAAGGGGAAUGCUACUAAAGCUUGUGUCUUAUUGGAAGAAAUGAUAGAGAAGGGAAUCCGACCAUCAAGGUGGACAUUUGAGAGGUUGCGACAAUUGCUUCUAAAGGAAGGUAGAGAAGAUGUACUCAAAUUUCUUCAAGAAAAAAUGGAUCUUCUUGUUAAGGAGCCUUUAUGUGAUUGAGAAGCUAUGUUUAAGCUAUAGCAACUUAUUGAUGUGAUUUGAUGUGGCACAUUAGAUUAUAAAACUCUUUAACAUAAAGUGCUCUGCCGUUUUACAUUCAGGCUUAUCAGUUUGCAAGUUUAUUUUUA